AUUAAAAGUAAACGACAUGUUUUGCAUGAGUGAUAUAUGUGAUAAAUAUAGUGAAAAUGUACUUAAAUUAAUAAAUAAUUCUGCUGAUCCAUGUGACAACUUUUAUCAAUAUGCAUGUGGAACAAUGAUUCGGAAUAUAAAUGAUUCCGAUCCUGACAUUUUUACAAAGGAGUUGGAAGAAAAAGUUCGCGAUCAAGUCCGAUAUAUCCUAGAGAAUGGAUGGGAUCAAAGAAAAAAUGAGAGGAAUAGAGAAAUAGUUAAAUCUAAAUCAUGA